AUGGACGCAUUCGAGAAGCUAGAGAAGGUCGGGGAAGGAACGUACGGCAAGGUUUACAAGGCGCGAGAGAAGGCCACCGGCAAGAUCGUCGCUCUCAAGAAGACCCGCCUCCUCGAGGAUGACGAGGGCGUUCCUCCCACCACGCUCCACGAGGUCUCCCUCCUCCGCAUGCUUUCCAUCGAUCCCCAUGUCGUCAGGCUUUUGGAUCUGAAGCAAGACCAGAACAAGGAGGGGCAAACCAUUCUCUACCUAGUCUUUGAGUACAUGGACAUGGAUCUGAAAAAGUACAUCAGAAGUUUCCGCCAGAGCCAUGAAAUGAUGCCACCAAUGACUGUUAAGAUUUUGAUGUAUCAACUUUGCAAAGGAAUUUCAUUCUGUCAUGGUCAUGGAGUGUUGCACAGGGAUCUUAAGCCUCACAAUAUUUUAAUGGACCGCAAGACUAUGAUGCUAAAAGUUGCGGAUCAUGGACUCAGUCGUGCUUUCACCAUUCCCCUCAAGAAAUACACGCACGAGAUGGAAAUGUCCAAGGAAACAAACGUGCAUUUAUCAGUUCAUUCCUCUCAACAGCUUCCUGUAAGUGUUGGUGCAAAAUCUGAAUCUCGUGGUACCAUUGCAUCUGGUGCUUCUAGGAUUUCAUAG